AUGCCACCUUCUAAUGAAAUACCCAUUGACGUCGACGUAACACCGUCGGAACCAGCUGUCGAAGAAGAACUUAACACACUACCCACAACCGAUCUCAGCACUAACGAUCUUGAUAAAAAUACAAAACUGGUAGAUCAUCAAUCGCUUCCACUACCAUUCGUUUUCCCCCAAAACAUUCGUAAUAUUUAUUUAAGCACUGUAACAAACCUUUCAACAAUGCCAAGUUCAAAUGAUUCAGCCAGCACUACCGAAGAUCUAAUACCAAAAUGGGAUGAGAUUUGUUUUCAGUGGUGCAAACAACAAGAUAAAAAUCGAGAAAAUGCAAUAAAUCCAACUUGCAAAAUGUUAUGUUUCAGAAAAAUAAGUAACAAUACGAAACACGAAUUUUUUAAAAAGAAAUUUGCAGUACAUGAACAACGAUUGGAACAAGAUGGAAAAAAUCCAACAUACAAUGCUACACAGGUGUUGUAUGGAAAAGGAGAUGGAAAAGAAGGUGUAAAUUAUUCAAAAGUAGGACCUAGAAAUUUUUUGGAUGGAUAUUUCAUUUAUUAUAUUAAAGGAUUGAAAGGAUGUCAGAAACACACAGAAGAUAUGAAAAAUGAUGAACUUUUAAAUCGAACAUGGGUACAAGUCAAAUCAGAAGAAUAUGAAAUUGAUUUAGGGGAAAAGUUUGAAAGGACUAAAACUGAAACAAAUCGUAUCAUAAGACGAGCAUUCACACCAGGGUAUCAAUUAGGUAAAAGAUAUAUUGAAUCUUGGAGUGAUGGUACGCAAACAGCGUUUUUCAGAAGAUUUUAUGAAAGUGUACAGCGUAUGGACGCAAUGCAUAUGGUACAAGAUAAUGUUAAGAAAAUUGUUGAAGUUUGGAUUAAAGGAAGUAAUAGUGGUAAUAGGAAGGAUAAUGGGUUUGGUAAUUCUGAUAGUUCUAAUGAUAUUGAUCAUCGAAAAGAAAAGUCCGAAAAUGACAGUGAAUCUAACAAUGAGAAGGAUAAAUGA